AUGGCUGUCAAUGGCGUUGAUGGCGGACACGCAAUUCGCUCCAAACAUGACUUUUCAGCCUUGAAGGUCAACCAGUCUCGGUUGGUGGAGGCCAUUCAUAGCGGCUGCAAAUACGGCGCCGCUCAUCGAUAUGGAAAUGAUCCCACUGAGACAGGAAUGGCAAGGCUCAGUCUCAACGACGCAGACAAACAAAUCCGGGACUGGUUUAGGUCCACGGCUGAAUCGUUGGGUUGCAAGAUAAGUGUCGACCAGAUGGGCAACCAAUUCGCCGUCAAACCAGGAAAGAAUGCAACCGCGCCUCCUGUUAUGAUGGGAUCCCACCUCGAUACUCAGCCUACAGGUGGCCGUUAUGAUGGCAUUCUGGGAGUCAACGCGGGCUUGGAAGUCCUCAAAGUGCUGCACGAGAACAACUUCGAAACAGAAGGCAGUAUUGGUGUGGUCAACUGGACCAACGAAGAAGGCGCGCGCUUCCCAAUGUCGGCCGUAUCCUCAGGCGUUUGGGCUGAGGCCGUUCCCCUGGAGACUGCGUGGAAUCUGCUCGAGGUCUCGCAUGGAGAAGAAAACGGCCACAGACGGACGAUGAAGCAAGAGCUCGAAAGAAUCGGGUAUUUGGGCGAGCAGCCAGCUUCGUACCGAGCCUUCCCCAUCGCUGCCCACUUUGAGCUUCAUAUUGAACAAGGGCCAUACCUGGAAAUGGAGCGAAGAAGAGUUGGAGUCGUGAAAGGCGUACAAGCUUACAAGUGGUUCGAAAUCACGGUCAAAGGCCGUGACACUCAUGCCGGCACCACGCCAUUCUCUGCUCGGAUGGACUCCAUGCUCUGUGCCGCAAAACUGAUAGUGGAAUCCAACGCCAUUGCCAAACGGUUUGGCGGGCUGGCAACGACGGGGAUCUUGAACGGUGAGCCCGGAUCGGUCAACACCAUGGCCCACACUGUCACAUUCAGCCUUGACAUCCGACAUGUCGAGGAUGACAGACUUGCAGAGAUGGAGAAGGCAUGCCGAGAAGCCUUCUCGAGGAUCUCCGAAAAAGAAAGUGAAAGGGGCUGUACGUUAGAAUGGAAGGAGUUGGUCGAUAGUCCCGCUGUGAAAUUCCACCCUGACUGCAUUGCCGCCGUCGAAGCCAGUGCCAAAGAUGUUUGUCAAGAUCUUCCCCAGACGGCUGAAGAUGGCCAGCUGUGGAAGUAUAUGAUCAGUGGCGCUGGUCAUGACAGUUGUUAUACCAAUCGUCGUUGCCCGACGAGCAUGAUUUUCACAGUGACGAAGGACGGCAUCUCCCAUAAUCCGAAGGAGUACUGCAGUCCUGAAGAUUGUGCCAUUGGCGCCCAGGUGUUGCUCGGGGCUGUUCUGAGGUACGACAGACUGCGCGCAGACCGGGGCGACUUUUCUUGA